GCAAGGGCAACGGGAGCACGGAGCAAGCAAUAGGAAGAAGAAGAAAAAAAACAAUGGCAGUUCCAGUAGCGCCUCCCUACUUGCCCUCUCCUCUUGCCUUCCUCGCUCCUCUCAAGCUGUCUUCUUCAAUUCGGACCCUCAAAUUUCCCAGAAGCUUCUGCUUUGUCUCCCAGUCUCUUCAAUCCCCCUCUUUCUACACCGAGGACGACCCUGCCAUCGGCGACUGUCUCGUCUUCGAAGAAGGCAUUUUCGAAGACCCGUCUCUCGAUGGCCGUGAUUCUCCCACCCCGACCAAGAUUCCGCGCAGGAAGAAGAAGCUCACUCAGGAGAUCCCGACGGAGAACUUGGUCCCGGACGAAUGGCGAGAAACACAGGCGGAAAUUAACAUUACCAAGAAGGAGAGGCGCAGAAUUGCGCAGGAGAUGCAGUUCAAUAGCCGGCUGGAGAGGAAGACCCGAGGAUUGGCCCCUGUGAGGAGCGUGAAUUUGGACGAGUACAAGGCUUUUCGCGAGGCUAAGUUGGCUCAGUUGAAGCCACUGUAUCUUGACAAUAACCCCGCGGCAUCUCCUGAAGAUGACGAGGAUUCGGAUGAGGCAGAGGCAGAGUUUGAUGAUGAGGAUGAGUACGAGUAUGGGCAUGAAACGAAGAAUCCAAGUGAGCGAGUUGCGCCCCGGAACCCUAGGUGGGCGGUUUACGGGAAGGGCUUCGACGAUGUUAACGAUUUUUUCAGGAGUGGGAAGUACCAGCCCGGAGAGAAGAACCCGGGAGGCCGCCGGAAGUUGUUUACGAAGGAGGAAAAGGUUUUCCUGAACAGACGCAUCCCGGAUUUAGCAGCUGUUACCUGUGUGAAAUGGCAACCUCUUCACACGCUUGCUGCAUCUGGAGAAUUCUACCUCAUGAACACUUUGCUCAAACAUAACCUUGACAUCAAUUCCGUGGAUGCUGAGGGUGUGAGUGCGCUCCACAAGGCGAUAAUAGGCAAAAAGCAGGCCGUUACCAGCUACCUCUUGAGAGAGUCAGCAAAUCCCUUCAUUCGAGAUGCGGACGGAGGCACCUUGAUGCAUUAUGCUGUCCAGACAGCAUCCAUUCCGGCUAUCAAGCUGCUUCUCCUAUAUAAUGUUGAUAUAAACCUCCAGGACAAUGAUGGUUGGUCCCCGUUGCAUCUUGCUGUUCAAGCUCGAAGGACUGACAUUGUGAAACUCUUACUCAUCAAAGGCGCGGAUAAAACCUUAACAGACAAGGACGGGACACGAGGACUUUGGAGCUGA